AUCCAUCCAUAGACAAAAUGGCGUCGUGCCAAUUUGCGUUUUGCAGGGAAUAUGGGACUCUCAACUCGUGUGGCUACUAUUUACGUUCUACGGUAUUUCGAGGGGUUUAAGGAAGUUGCCACAAAUACCAGCCGCAUAACGUGAAGUUCCCCCUCUUUAUAUGUGGUUGCAAUGCUGUUCCUUGGGGGGUGCCGUAAGUUCUGUGCUAGAUUUUGACACGGCUUACAAAUCAUUUCGAGGAUGUUUUCGCGAGCAGCAAAAGAUCUUCUGCGCAAUACUAUCAGCAGCGUCGACCACCACAACAGGGUUCUGGAGGAACAGGAGAUGUGGCGCCAAUGGGAGCUGGAGCAGGGACUGACCAUGAUGGUGUCGGACGAGGCCAUCAAGGCCCACUGCGCUCCAGAGGAACCUUCCCCUUCCUCCGGUCGCAAGCGUCCCCGCUCACACAGCUCGAGCGGCGACUCCAGCCAAGGGGCCAAGCGCAGCUUCCACUGGACGCGAGAGCUGGCCAUGGCCAAGGAGGCAGACCCCGACAGGUGGGGUCACAGUGGAUACAAAGAGCUCUACCCAGAGGAAUUUAGGCCAAGUCCACCUUCAUCUUCAUGCGGUGGGUCGGACACAAAGAAGCGGAGCAAAAGCCACAAAAAGAAACGUCGCUACAAGCAGAGGCACAAGCACGUGUGUAGCAAGCACAAGUCCAAGCAGUUGCAGGACAGCGACCCUGAAGACCUAGCAAGCGAAUUUUUACGUGAGCGCCGCAAGCACAAGCAACAGGCCACGCCGGGAAGCUCGAGCAGUAGUCACAGGAGUCGGUCGCGCCGCAGGCAUCGUGAGCGUAACACUCCCAGCAGCGACAGCGAUGCCUCGGAAAGAAAACACCACGGGCACCUGUCGUCUUCUAGUUCGUCGUCUUCAGACUCUGAACUCGUCUGGGAAGAGCGGAAAACGUAACCCCACUGGCAAUCGUCGCCGAAAAAAAAAAGUGUGUCGCAGUCGCCGUCUGCAACCGACCGUUCCGGCCCUGCCCACACCUGGUGGAAGGCUGCAGCAUCUUCCUCCGUGUGGCCGUCAUGACAACAACUUCAAAGUGACGUGCCGUCGCACUCGUGCGUGUUCCCACAGAGUACCGAGUGAAGACUCGUGAAAACUUUGACCCUAAUCUCGUCGGGACCUGAGAGAGGCAUAGUGUUUUAAUGUAUGCUUAAUAUUAUGGGUCGUUUAUCAGAGUCUGCAAGUCUGAAAUCACACCCAUUGGUUGUGUGAGCAGCUAUGUGUUCUUUUCACCCCUUUGUAGAUUAACCGACUGGCAUGUUUUGCUCUUGAGAUUGGUCCUCCCCCCUGGUGUUGUCCUAAGGAUGGGCUUUCCGCAGAUUGGGGAUGCGGCUCGAAAGGACAAGAAGAGACGACCCACGAGCGAUGUCAGGAUUCAGUUGAAGCAUUCAAGGUCUUUUUCGCGAAAGCUCGUUCACACACUUGUGGCUUCUUGGGAACGUGUGCCUUGAAACCUCUUUUAAAAUUUCUCGCAACAAGAGAAUGCACGGUGCCACCUAUCGGAUAGCCGUGGAACGCUCGGCCGUCCCGUAUAUUUCCUUUUUUUUUCCGCAUCAUUUUUUCUCUUUUGGCUCGGAAAACUUUUGUCAAUUUUACGAGCAACCCAUUCUCGUAGCUAGUAUGUACAUUUGACCUUGCAAUUACCGCAAAACCUCUGCUCUAGUGAAAUGCCAGGGUGACCACAUAGAUGGUGCCAGUGAGUUCUCUCGUAAGAGAUUUGAAAAGGAAAGGGGUACUUUAUAGUCCUCGAUUUGUCUGAACAUUUGCUAAAUGCACCAACAAACGUCGCUGAAAUAGUAACCCAAAUAUUGGGCCAAAUUUUUUUUUUCGAAGUCAUUGAAUUUAUCAUUUUGGUUCUCGUUAUAUUUUUCAAAGUGAAAUUUUUGACUGACAACUAUGAAAAAGUGACGUCAGAGGAAGGCAGGGGUUCACUCUUUGGACUGUAUACUUUGUUCCCAACUGAUUACAGGCAGUUUCAUGGUGGCGAAUGAAUGCUUUGGAAGCUCACUCCAGCACCCGUACAGCAGCACGAAACAAAAUGCUCGGCAUAGUCCAUUUCUAGACUGCCCGCGCCCGACCUGCAAGCCUGCCUUCCCCCGACGUCACGGCUCUAAAAAGCGCGGGUGUAUCUGAAUGUUGGUUUUGGCAUCGUUUUCACUUGCCGAUUUUAACUAUUCAGAAUCUCGCGAUACUAAAUAACGUAUCGGAAAGGGUAAAGGCUGGUGAUUCCGAAAAUAUAGUUAAUUGGCGGAGCCCAAAAAAUCGCCAGAGUUUAUGGCACUCAGUCCUAUGGAGUGGCAAGUGUGUGAGCGGGCUUAAAGCUGCAUGCGUCAGCUGAAUGACUGGAAACCAGGUUCCAAAUUGUGCAAGGGCCUUCUUGCAUCACUGAUUUUCUUAGUCUCGUUUAAAAAUAUAAUUAUAGACAUGGAUGUUAUAUUUGUAGGUUUUUGUGUUGGAACUCGAUGCAAAAUAAAUUUAAGUAAAAUAAAAUGUACUAUGCAUGCC